UAGUCAAAUUUCUCAAAUCACAUUUUAAAGCUCAUUCCUCUUCUUCUUCUUCUUCUUCUUCUUUUUCUCUGUUCACUUGAACCGAAUUUACUUUUCUUUUCUUCGUUGAAUCGAAUCGUUACGGUGUCGUUUUAUUGAGAUGGAGAGAGAUUUUCUCGGUUUAUCUUCGAAGGCUUCUCUGGUUACUGUGAAAGAAGAGGCUUGUGAUGGCUCUAAGGAUUCAGUAGCAGCGUUGAAGAGUUCAGGGAUGCAAUUGUCUUUCUCAAGCGAGGUUUCUGCCAUUCCUCAGUUUCUAUCUUUCAAGGCUUCUCAAGAAGACAGGCAAAGAGAGAUGGCUCAUGAUUCUGUAUUUUCAUCUGGAUAUAUGUCUAUGUCUACUACUGACGCUUUUAAUUGCAACCAGAAACCUUAUGCUGGCAUGGUCCAGAAAACUACUGUUCUUGAUAAGCAAGGGGGAAACCACAGCGUGAUGAAAAACUAUGCAAUGCAACACUUAAAUGCAAACCAAGUUCAAAGGCCUCAGGAAAUGAGGAUGUUCCCAAUCUCCAGCAAACUCAAUCAGACAAUUGUUGUGUCUAUGACCACUCCAGUUCUUCACUCCCACCUUAACUCCACUGGACAGAGUGUGGAUGGUAAUACCAUUAACUCACAACCUCAUGGUGGAGUUUCAAUCAAAUCUCCAGUUUCUGUCCUUGUCCCCACAAGUUCCAUCAUUGGUACCACUGAUAUUAGGAAUGCUUCCGAACCUAAGGGGGCACCAGCUCAGUUGACCAUCUUUUAUAACGGAUCUGUCUGUGUCUAUGAUGAUGUGUCACCUCAGAAGGCUCAAGCUAUCGUGUUAUUGGCUGGAAAUGGGUCCUCUCUGACUGAUAAUAAGACACUUCCUGCUGCUCAGGUGCAAACCUGUGUCCUGGGGCCAUCUGUAGGUGAUGGUUAUAAAGGGGAAAAUUCCCAUAUUACAUUACCCUGCCCAGGCCUUCCAGGCACUAUUUCUAUGACCUCCCAUGUUAGCUCUGAGUCAGGUGGAGGACCUAGUUACACUAAAGAAAUAACAGUGGUGAAACCAAUAUCAGUUCUGUCUUCUAAAAACCAACUGGAGCCUGCCAAAUCAAGUGGCUCAGUAGGAUCUGCGGCUACAUCUCUCAUUCAAACUGUGGCCGUGCCUCAGGCUCGUAAAGCAUCCUUGGCACGAUUUUUGGAGAAGCGCAAGGAAAGGGUGUUGAGCAUGACACCAUACAAUGUCAACAAGAAGUCUUCAGACUGCAAUAGCCCUGGAUCUGAGGGUUUAAGUUUGACAGUCAAUUCUUCUGGCCUUUGCUUUCUUCCAACUCUCGAUUAGCAGUAAAAGGCCAGCCUGGUGCAUGACCCAGGAGACCGAAACCAAAAUCAAACACCAAAUGUAAAAAGAAGAAGCUCAAAUUUAUUUUAGCUCUACGGUAAGCAUAAUUCUUUCAACUUCAUUAAAUUUUAGCUCCAUAGGUAUGUGAUAUAUUUUUGUUUGUCCGUUUAUUGUGAUCGGAUUCAUUUCUUCCGAUAACAAUAUGAAGUCCUUACCAUAAUAUGCUAUGAAGUACUUAAAACACAUUAGAAUUACAUUUUUAUUUCCACGGUCUCCCUGUAUUUAAUUUUUGUAGGCCUUUGAUAGUUAAAUAAAUAUGGUAGUAGCACUGCUAUUUCGUAUCAGAUAUUGUAUAUAAAGAGUAUAUAUGGACAAUUUGUUUUACUAUUAUAUCAAAAGAAGUGCAUUAUAUCA